AUGUGCCCCCGCACCGACGCCUGCCCGGACCCCGAGGCCCAGCGGCCGCCCGCGCCCCCCGGCAGCGCCUGCCGCCCGCUGCCCUGGGCCCUGAGCGCCGCGCUGUUGCUGCUCGCCGGCACCGGCGCCGCCUGCGCGCUCCGCUGGGCCGCGCCCCGGGCCCCCGCCGUGCCCAGCCCCGGGCUCCCCGAGCUCCUGCCCGACGCCCGCGCCCGCCUCCCCGACUCUCCGCAGGGCGUGUUCGCGCAGCUGGUGGCCCGAGAUGUACGGCUGACCGAAGGGCCCCUGCACUGGUACAGUGACCCGGGCCUGGCAGGCGUGUUCCUGGGGCCGGGCCUGAGUUACGACAAGCACACUGGGGAGCUGAUGGUGGCCGAACCCGGGGUCUACUAUGUUUUCCUGCACCUGAAGCUGCAGCGGGUGGUGUCCCACGAAGGCUCCGGCUCAGUCUCCGCUGCCCUGCAUCUGCGGCCGCUUGGUGCCGCGGCUGCAGCCCCUGCUCUGACCUUGGACCUGCCUCCUCCAUCCUCAGAGGCCCGUGACUCCGCAGCUGGUUUCCAGGGCAGCCUGCUGCACCUGGGCGCCGGCCAGCGCCUGGGUGUUCACCUGCGGGCUGAGGCGGGGGUGCACCUCGCCUGGCAGCUCGCACAGGGUGCCACCAUCUUGGGCCUCUUCAGAGUGGCCACCAAAGUCCCCACUGGACUCCCCUCCUCGUGGCCCAUUGACACGGGGCCUGGCUCCGGGCCCCUGGACCGAGAAUGAAUGCUGCCUUCUUUCACUGGGGCUCUUGGUUGACGGACGCCCCAGCGACUCUACCUCACCUGGCUUGGCAGGGGUCCCCGCUGCUGACCCACUCCUCGAGGACUCUCCAAGUCACUCUCCCAUCCUGCCCCAAGUCGAACUUCUGGUAUUUAUUCUGAGCCUGAGCUCAACAGUGUACUUUAUAUUAAUCCAUUCCAUUUAUAUUUAUUGACCAUCUGCUGUAGGCAAGGCCCUGUGCAGGGCUGGUGAAACAUCAGCAAACAAAACAGAUUUAAAAAAAAUUUUAUUUAUGUUAAUAUGUGUGGAAUAAAGACUCAUCCCCAGCCCUGCUCUGGCAUUCAGGGGGCUAGUCUUCGGGGGUCCGUGUGACUAUGAUGUGUGAGCUUCAUUCACGCAAGUUGUUCUGGGCAACUCCUUUGUAUCAGGCACUGUUUUAGGUGUUGGGGACACAGCUAUGAACAAGACAGACAGACAGCCCAGCUUUUGCCACGCUGGCCAUCAGGUAUGCCUGCUUGGCACUAGGACUAUGAUUGUGUGUGACCCCAUGUGACUGGACCACAUGGGAGAGUGUGUGAUGGAUGGUGCGUGGUAUUGGAUGAUACAAUACUUAUAAAACUAUUGACCGCGAAGUAUUGAAUCUUCACUGUAUGUCAGACAGCAUGAGGUAUCUAUUUGAGACAUAACAACCCUAUGCUUUUGGGACUUCAUUCCCAUUUUGUCAUUCUCUCUGCUGGUGACGUGACCUGCUUGUAUCUGCGUGGUGGAAGUACUGCGUCCGUUCUGAAGGACCUCGUUUGCCAACUCUGUUUGGUGACCUCAUGCUGGGAACUUAAAAUUGGCCAUGGGCAUCUGCAAAUGCUUCAGGUUGGCUUCAUGUUAUUGUGUGUGGAUCACCUAUUUAAGACAGUGAUGGAGAAAGUGUGGAUUAAACAUGUAGAUUAAACUCGAAA